AUGGAUCAGGUCAAGAUGGAGACCUGCAGUCGCUGUCACGCACGGUGGUUCUCGAUGGAUUUGAAGAAUGGCAUCUGCCAUGCCUGUUUCUUGCGGGAUCAAGGUGGCAAGACUCCCUUUCUCAUGUCCGCCGAGAAUGGAAUGGACACGGGAGAGCGGCCGCCCCAUCUACCCGCGCUGACCCAAAUCGAGGAGAUGCGUACAAAUGAUGGUCUAUCGCUACUGGGGCCACCAGCACCACUACUCGGGACACUCUUUUCGACGAAGCGUCGGGCAAAGAUCGGAUCUUUGCCAUGGCCUUCCCGACAUUUUAUUCGACGGUCCAGGCCGAUUUCAACACCCCCGAAAGGCCAACGGCGCGGCCCGUUUCUACGUGUCGAAGGCGUCCAGUCUCAAAGAUCUCAGUCAGGAGGAGCUAACGGAAGCCCUCCUAGCGGACGACGCCCUCCUCCCUCAGAUUGUGCGCCAAGGUCCAGCUCUGACCGGGACACGCCCGUUUCGGAGGAGUAA